ACAACAAUGACACCGCUAGGAUAUGUGUGGACAGAACUAAUGGCAAUGUUGAAAAGGUCACCCGGAAGACUUUAGUCGUUGCACAGACACUCACAUUGGAUGCUAGCGGUCAAAUGAUUCUCAUGUAAAAUGUCGAGUUUUUCCAGAUCUGCCCAGCAAUGGGCUACCUUUGCAAGAUCCUGGCUUUUAAUCGAUGCUAAGCUGCAGCCUCCUGGAAAGAUUGCCACUAUGUGUGCAAUCAGGCUUCAAGGGAAACAUAAACCUAUCUACCACGCUCUAAGUGAUAUUGGAGAUCAUGUUGUGGUCAUGAACACCAGACACAUUGCACUGUCUGGAAACAAAUGGGAACAGAAGAUUUAUUCGUCUCAUACGGGGUUUCCUGGUGGAUUCAAACAAGUGACUGCUGCUCAGCUACACCACAAAGACCCUAAAGCUAUUGUGAAGCUGGCGAUAUACGGCAUGCUACCUAAGAAUCUCCAUCGGCGUACGAUGAUGCAGCGUCUGCACCUGUUCCCGGAGGAGGAGCUGCCAGAGGAGAUCCUGAGGAACCUGACGGAGGAGCUGACCCAGCCACGCACACCACCCAGAGGCCUCAACCAGUACACACAGGAGGAGAUAGACGCCUUCCCCAGGCUGUGGACACCGCCAGAAGACUACAGGAUGAAGUAACACCUCAUUACGACAUCGAGAUGCUUUAGAGUCCCUCGUUGUGAGUGACUUUGUGCUGUGCUCCACCAGGACAGACUCGGUCCUCCUCUCUGGGGAGUAUUCCAAGAACAUGGCUCAGUAGUAAACCAGGGGGGUAUUCCAAGAACCUGGUUAAGUGAUAAACCUGUCUAAGUUAACCUAGAGGAAGUGGUAAACCUGCUAUAAGGCCGUCCAUGGGUGUCAUUCAGUUAAGAAAAAUGGGGACUUCAGGCGCUUCUACAAGGUGAUAUACCACUACUGUACCUCAAGAUUAAAUUAACCUGGUUCACUAUUGAGCCAGAUUCGUGGAAUAUUCCCCAGGUGAAAUAAAUUACCCUUGAGGUAAACACCAUCUGUGGACUAUAUUUUAGCAGGUUUACCUCUUCCUGCAGAUUCAUUUAGCCAGGUUUAUCACUUAACCAUGUUCUUGUCCGGAUUGUGCCAGUGUCCAUCAGCACACUCUCAUGCAACUACAACACGUCAACAACCAUCUCCUUUAAUGACGAUUUCAUUUCUGUUUUUUUUUUCUCUCUCUUUUUUUUGUCUUACAACAGUCUGUGUAUUUACUUGUGGCUUGUGGUGUGGAAAUAUUGUAAAAUAAACUUUACUAUUUAUCC